UUUCGUUGCCACUUGACAAGUUCCGUCAGUCGUGUUGGUCGUUUGUCAUCGGUUAGCGAAAAAGUGGUUUUAUUUUGUGAAAAUCCAAUUUAUUUGUUUAAUUUUUAGUUUUCCCUGCACCUGUUUGUGUGUAAAUUUGUUGAGAUAUCGUGUGAAGUUGUUAAUAAGCGGCAAACUAUAAUAGAAACGCCACAUUCCAGUAGAAAAUAAGUGAAAAAAAGUCUGGCGAAGACAUCACAAGGAAGAAAAUGUAAAUUGAUGCGUUGUGAAAAAAUAAGCGUAGAAAAGACGAAACAAGUUAAAAGAGUGGGCAAAGGAGCAGUAAACGUGAAUUGUGUGUGCAAGCAAGGAAAACGUAAACGUCAAGAGAAUCGCAAAUAAAAAAAGGUUAAAAUCGUGCAUUUGGAUAAAAGUGUAAAUUAAUUGAAAUAUCAUUUAAGCAUCGCAUUUGAGUUACUCACUCGCCCAGUCAGUCUAGAUAGUGUCGUUUUUGCGGCCAGUUAACUAAGUACCAAUUCGUAUUGAGUGUAGAAUUGCGGCAUCGGCAUCGGCACUGGUGACGUAGCGUUUGUGGUACGCAUUGCUGGCCGUCAUUGCUACUGCGAUUCAGUUGUCAACCCACAAUAACAACAACAACGCUUACAUUAAUCAAUUCAACAGUGGCAAAACGAAAGAAAAAAAACAGUGAUAAUCAAAUAGUAGUAAUACAAAAGUCAUAAAAAAGUAGAUUUCAACUACAAAUGAUCUCUUCACUGAGCAGAGAAUAUAGAUUCCAACAACAACAAAAAAAAGCACGCCCUAUUGCGGGCAACAGCUAAAAGAUAAUAACAAAAUAAAAGCAACAACUGUGAAAGCAGCAGCAACAACAAUAAUCAAAGUCAACUGAAACAGUGAAUCACAGCUCAAAAUGAAUUCCGAGCACGGAUUUAAUCCAGCCUUUAAUAUGGCGACCAUACGCCAGGCAUUCACAGAGGCCGUCGAACGAGUGAGAAUGCCAACACCCACACGUCUGCGAGAUCUCAUCCGGCAAAUACGCGCCGCCAGGACAGCCGCAGAAGAGCGCGCUGUAGUUAACAAAGAAUGUGCCUACAUCCGCAGCACUUUCCGGGAGGAGGAUUCGGUGUGGCGAUGCCGCAAUAUUGCAAAACUACUCUACAUCCACAUGUUGGGUUAUCCAGCGCAUUUUGGACAGCUGGAAUGUCUGAAGCUCACCGCCAGUACACGUUUCACCGACAAACGCAUUGGCUAUUUGGGUGCCAUGCUGUUGCUAGACGAACGUCAGGAUGUGCAUCUGCUGAUAACGAAUUGCCUCAAAAAUGACUUAAAUAGUUCCACACAAUUUGUGGUGGGUUUGGCGCUGUGCACGCUGGGCGCCAUAGCAUCGCCCGAAAUGGCACGUGAUUUAGCUAGCGAGGUUGAGCGCCUAAUGAAGUCGCCCAACACCUACAUUCGCAAAAAGGCAACACUGUGCGCCUUUCGUGUUAUACGGCGAGUACCAGAACUGAUGGAAAUCUUUUUACCGGCCACACGUUCACUGCUUAGCGAGAAGAAUCACGGCAUAUUAAUUACUGGCGUUACACUCAUCACCGAAAUGUGCGAGAACAGCGCCGACACUUUAAUGCAUUUCAAGAAGGAUAGCGGAAAUCGAGAGAUUGUGCCAAAUUUGGUGCGUAUUCUGAAGAAUCUAAUUUUGGGCGGCUACUCCCCGGAGCAUGAUGUCAGUGGUGUGAGUGAUCCGUUUCUGCAGGUGAAAAUUCUACGUUUGUUGCGCAUACUCGGUCACAAUGAUGUGGAUGCCUCAGAGGCAAUGAAUGAUAUUUUGGCGCAGGUAGCCACCAACACAGAAACAAGUAAAAAUGUCGGCAACACCAUUCUGUACGAGACUGUACUCUCUAUAAUGGAUAUACGCUCGGAAGGUGGCCUCCGCGUGUUAGCCGUCAAUAUUCUUGGUCGUUUUCUACUUAACUCCGACAAGAAUAUUCGUUAUGUGGCAUUGAAUACGUUGCUGCGUACUGUACAUGCAGACACGUCGGCGGUGCAACGUCAUCGCACCACUAUUUUGGAGUGCCUAAAAGAUCCGGAUGUUUCGAUAAGGCGUCGCGCCAUGGAACUCUCGUUUGCGCUAAUUAAUGCACAAAAUAUUCGUACAAUGACGAAGGAGUUGUUGCUGUUCCUCGAGAAGGCUGAUCCCGAAUUCAAAGCGCAAUGUAGUUCGGGAAUGAUUUUGGCUGCUGAACGUUACUCGCCCAAUGCGAGAUGGCAUCUGGAUACACAGCUGAGUGUAUUGGUUGCGGCUGGCAACUAUGUGCGCGACGAUGUGGUCUCAUCCACCAUUCAAUUGGUCUCGAGCAGCCCUGUCGCAGAGCAGACAUACAUAACGAAUCGUUUCUGGGAGUCGCUUCAGGUCGCAAAUCAUUGUGAAGACAAGCAGCCGCUGCUGCAAGUGGCUGUGUGGGCCAUUGGCGAAUAUGGUGAUCUCUUUAUGUACGGACCAAACGAAGAUGAAUUUGAACGUCCGUCAGAAAGCGAUUUAAUCAUCAUGUAUCAUAAGUAUUUAACCUCUGCUCAAGUAUCAAUAACCAGCAAGCAAUACGCCUUAGUGUCACUCGCUAAACUAAGCACGCGUCUACAGAAUUGUGUAGAAGAAAUUCAGGCAUUGAUUACCUCAUUCGGCAGUCAUCUGAAUGUGGAUUUGCAGCAGCGUGGCGUUGAGUUCACGCAACUAUUUGGCACCUACAAGAAUUUGCGUCCACCGUUGUUGGAAAAAAUGCCACCAAUGCAAAUAAGUCGGAUCUCUUCGCAAAAUGGCGAGAGUAGUGGUUCGUAUGAUGACAACAGUCCCGAUUUAAUUGAAAACGGCAUAGGCAUUGGCGAUGAACAACAGCUGGGCAAAGAAAACAACAUGAAUACGAUGGGUGACAAUACGAAUAUAUUGCUGGACUUACUUGGUGGUGCCGAUUUGACUUCCCCCACAGCGACAGAUUUGUCAAACUCGGUUGCCGUUCAAAAGAAAAACACUAAAAAUGCUAACGAAACGUCUAAUAAUCAAGCCAUACUUGACUUGCUCGAUUUGGACAUCUCAGCUGGUGGUACCACCAAUGCGGCAGCUAAUAUGAAUAAUGUGCUUGGCCUGGACUUGAGUGUUGGUGUGUCGGCAUCAAUACCAACGACAGCGGCGACAAAUGGCAACGAUCUGGCGAGUAUAAUGCCACUAAGCGGCAAUGUCGGUGGUGGGGGUGGCAUCGGUGUCGUCGGCCUGUUAGGCUCGAACAGUAUUUUAUCGCAGCCAGGCGCUAUCCCCGGCAAUGCAUUGCUCUCCGAUUUAGCGUCACCAGUUGUGAAUGUUCCACCACCAAAUAAUAUUGCUGUGCCUCAAGGUCCCACUUUGACAGCGUUGGAUAAGAACGACUUGCUGGUACAAUUGGUACCGGUAAGAGGCAACGACUGUUUACAGAUAUUUAUGAGAACAACAAAUAAUUCAGCCAAUACAUUGGAACAGUACGUCUUUCAGGCCGCAGUUCCUAGAGUAUUCACAUUACAAAUGCUAUCGCCUUCUGGAUCGGUAUUACUGCCGGGUGGUGUUAUAACGCAAGAGAUGCGUGUUGUCAGUUCGUCCAAUGCUACCCUUCGCAUGAGGUUACGCAUAUCAUAUGUUGUCGAUGGACAACCCGUAGCGGAGCAAACGGAAGUUACCGGAUUUCCUGAGAUCGUACCCGAAUAGGAUUGAUUCAAAAUCUAAGAAAAAUUAAAUUGCAGUAUAAGCAUAAAAAAACAUGUUAAUAGAGCGUCUAAGCAAAAAAAAAAAAGAAAACAAAAAACACAAAAAGAUCGAAACUGAAAAUGGAAAAACAUACAACUAUAUCCCUCCCUUUGUUCCCUCCUUCGGUCUCCUUGUUCUCUCCUUUCAUACAAGUAUACUUACAUACAUGUGUUCUUCGUAAAUUACACAAACUAUAUAUUCUUUAUAAAUAUAUAUUUUGUAAUAUACAUUAACGAAGUAAACAAUAAACACAGCCUAAAUUAUAUACAUAUGUAUGUAUGUCAUUGCGUACUCUGCAACAAACACACAGAUAUGUGUACACAUGCAUACGCUCUUAAAUUCUUAAUGUUUACAAAGGAUUAUACUAUGCACGAUAGUCAAUCAAUUGCAUGUCCAUAAUCAUUCAUUAUUCGCUCAUGUGAAAUUUGUAAAAUUGUAUACAUGGCACUCCGCAUAACUGUAUUAUGUAUUAAGCGUAUGGAAAAGCAAAAAUAAAAUAAUAUCUAACAAAUAAAAAUAUGUAUUAAUAAAAUAAGUGCAAACUCUUGAUGCAUAUGUAAAUUCUUGUUCUCAGUUCAGAAGAACUAAAAUGCUGCUGGCAUUGACUAUAUGAACACACUCUUGCUAGUAACUCGUGACAUGUUUUGUGCUCACUUCUCUUUCAAAAUGUUGAUUGAUUGGCAAAAUUUCAAUGUGGUGUAGUAAAAUAAAUAAUGUUGAUAAUGAGAAAGCUCGUUAUUUUGUGUUAUAUUUUGUGUAUAUUAAUUGUUAUUUGGCAAAAAAAAAACAUACAGCUUAUGCUGCAGUUAAUUUUACUCUUGAAAUUUUACGAAAUGUUUUAUGAUAAAGUUUUUUUAAAAAACCUAUGCGCUAGUUUUUGCCUACGAUUGAAGUUCUUUUCAUUGAAAAUAGUGUAAAACUAAAGCUAAAAAACUCUGCUUAUUUCUACUUUUUGUUUUUAAAUAUAUCUACUAAUCUGGCUUAGUUUUACAACUCUGAACAUUAUGUAUUUA